GAUAGUAAGCGCAUACCGUAACUCUACGAACUUGCCUUCCACCUGCACCAUAGAUCCUCUCUUAUUUUCCCUCUCAGAGCACUUCCCUCCCUCACUAUUGCAAUCUUGCUGUACCGUGAUCGCCUUUUGCCGCUAGCAUGAGCUCUCGUAUCCUCCCGAAGUUCUGGGGCUUCGCUAUAUCGGAAAGCUUCCUGCUGCGGAGAGCAGCUGCAGCGGGGCGUAUCCCUCGAGGUGGCACUAGCAGGAAACAGAAUAUCGUGAACGCCAUCGAGGGAACCCUUCGCAACCUUGAAGUGCAUGUCCGUCCGCCUGCUCAAAGCAUGCCCAUCCUGGUUCUACACCAUGAUGGAAACCGGCGCCGUAGGCUUUGGUGCGUUGCUCUUGCUACGUCACAGCCAUCGGAGGAUCUCCCACUGCCGUCGGAGCCGCCGGAGGAAAGGUACUACGAAGACUUGGCUAAGGAGUUGAAGGGGGUUGUGCCACAAUGGUAUCGAAUGCAUGAGGACUAUUAGUCUGAGGAGAAGUGGGCCAUCCUGAGGGAAGGAAUGGUCGGUCUUGUGUGCAGGACGCGGAUGCGAAGAUUGAGGUGGCCAGGGGCUUGUCCGAAUAGAUGCAGGUAACGUCCGCACCACCCAAACCAAAUGACAUAGAACAACAAAAUGUCCGACAAGGACCUGGAUAGCAGCCUGAUUAAACAACUAAACAGAAAUAUACAUUAUGUUAGCCUUAAUAAACA